AGGAAGGCAAUGAUGUUCCAGCACGGCUUCCUGCUCUGGCGGCAGCUCGUCCUGUCCCGAAACCUGCACCUGAGCGUGGCCCAGCAGAUGAGCCACUACGACGCCCUUGGCAUUGGAAAGAGGUCCACACAGAACGAAAUCAAGGCAGCCUACUAUAAACUGUCGAUGCUAUAUCAUCCGGAUAAGAACAAGGGCAGUGAGAGUGCCGCCAAGAAAUUCCGCGAGAUCACCCAAGCGUACGAGAUCCUGGGAAACUACAGGUUACGUCGCCUGUACGACAAGGGCAUCGUCCACACAGCCGGCUCGCAGUAUGCGCAGGAUAUCCACGACAUGGCUGAACCCGUGGUGGAGGAUGAUCCGGAGACCAAGUUCUACAAGUCACGUUUCCAGAAAUCCCGAGUCGCCGACUCAGAGGGACGGACGCCCAUUUAUGACUUUGACGAGUGGUCGCGUAGUCACUAUGGCAAGUCCUUUGACCGGAGACAGGCUGCCCAGGCCAAAUACGAUCGAAUUAAAGUGCAAAAGGAGUCAAACAAGAUAUCCAGCCAGACGGAUAUGGUUCUACUCUCCCUCCUCUUCGCCGGCGUGGCUAUAUACCUGAUGUUCCUUGCCGAGAGCUCGUACGACACGCCCAAACAGCGGGCGGAGCAGCGGCACCGAAGGGAGCGCGAGGAGCUUGAACGAGAAGAACAACUGACCGCUCGUAAGCAAUCAUAGGGGUUCUCUAGUCCAAUGUGUACAUAGAGUUAAGCUUUAAAUGUUUAAAUGAAUGAAAAUGGCUAUUUUUGUUGAUAAA